UUCACAAUGAAGAAGGGGUUUCGAAGAUCAAGCAAAACCUGAAGGCACGACGAGACAAGGCGAGAAAUUGAAGAAUGGAAACAAAACGAAGUCGAAUUAUCGUGUCACGGUUGCUACUAUUACUAUCACUGACCUCGAUUUCACUUGCUUAUCGGCCUGGUGACAUCGUUCCAAUGAGCAAAAUGGGCCAGUACCACAAUUCGAGAACUGUGUGGCAUGAUGUGAUCGGUAAACAUUGUCCCAUCUUCGCAGUAAAUCGUGAGGUAUUGAUUCCUAUAGUAAAGCCAACUGGCUUCACUGGAGCUGAUCCUUACAAAAUAUCAUUUCAAGUUGGAAGAGAAAAGUUUCUAAUUCCAUGGCUUUUUGUGAUAAAUCGUAAGAGUUCUGAAGUUCCAAUGAUUGAUAUGCAUUUGAGGUACUCAGGAAGUGAUCUGCAUGGUGUCACUGCUAAAGUUGUGGAUAUGCCUCACAGAUAUGUUGAAAUUCAUUCUGAUAUUCGAAAACAGUUUUGGGAUCCUCAACAUUGGCCAAAACAUGUGCUUGUUAGAUACACAUGGGAGGAGAAAUCAGAGAUAGAUGUGGCUUCUGGAUUUUAUUUUCUGUUUGGAUCAGGUCUCAUGCUGUCUUUUAUUCUCUCAAUCUAUAUCUUGCAAUCAUCUCGGGACAAAUUAGCAAGGUUUGUGAGGGAAACUGUUGCAGAAAGCAGCAUACCUGGUGUCGGUGUGGCAAAGGUUGAAUGAUUGAACCGUAAAAAAUUUCAGUGUAGUGCAAAUCUGUCACAAAGAUGUUCAUGAGAUUGAUUACAGAUAUAUUCCUGCUAUUGCAGAAGUAAAUCUUACUUGGUUUUGUGUGUAUUUAGAACUGAGAAAGUUAUAUUGUAACACUCUAGGGCCCUGAAGGGAAAUUGCUGGCCUAUGAAAGUAACCAUCUAACAGCCUCAAUUGACUAUUGAGAAAGAGGAUAAAUUAGCUUAGACUGCUCAAAUACUUCUGGUUUUGUAUGUAAUCUUUUGCACAAAAUUCAACUCAAUUAUGUUGUAUUUGCAUUAGGAUUCAGGUUUUUGUUGCUUGCGCCAAUCCUUUUUAGUUUGUCACAAUUUGAACUCUUUUAUUAUCAUUGUUAUUUUUUUUGUUAGGACCAAUUUAGACUAUCAAUUGUAU